AUUUGGAGUGGCCAAUUAACCUAGAAUGUUUUUGGAAUGUGGGAGGAAACCGGAGUACCCGGAGAAAACCCACACAUGCACGGGGAGAACAUGUAAACUCCACACAGAGAUUGGCCGAGGGUGGACCUGAACCCUGGUCUCCUUGCUGUGAGGUCUGCGCGCUAACCACUAGACCGCCGUGCCGCCUGUAAAAGUAUCAAUGUCAUUCAAAUCAGUUUAACUGAAUUGAAUUUUCAUUAUUAGUCCCAUCAAAAAUGUAACACGCAAAGUAAAGGGGGAGCUAGAUCAGAGUGGUUAGCGCCACACAGUGGGGUGUGUGUUCGAAUCUCAAACUCACUUCUGUGUAAGAAUUCUCAUCUCUGUGUGGCGUUAGCAUGUUCCGGGUACUCGGGUUUCCUCCCAAAUUCCAAAAACAUGCUCGGUUAAUUGGUGCCUUCAUAUUGUCCAUAGGUAUGAAUGUGAGUGUGAAUGGUUGUUUGUCUCUAUGUGCCCUGUGAUUGGCUGGCGACCUGUCCAGGGUGUAGCCAGGAUAGGCUAAUGAGGAUAAGGGGCAUAGAAGGGGAGGAGGAGCAGGAGCUAAACGAUCUGAUACUGACACAAUAUUUGGAUCGAUCCGCCUACUUCCUCAACGGACGGCUUUAAGACGAAGACGAUCAAAUGGCGUCACAACGAAGUGAACACCAAGGACUCUGGUGGACGUGGCCCGGUCCUAAAGACCGUGCUCGUUGUUUCCCCGUCUCCUCUGUGUAACACAGGGAUGAAAGCCGCCAUUGGUGAUCCUUUAACACCAGUUAAGUAGCAAAUAGUGGCGGUGCGAAAGCAUCGCUUUGCUGCUGUGUCAGGAUGAAGAAGCUAUUCGGCGGGUUAAAGACCAAACGAUCACAUGAAGCCAAAGAAAUUGACAAGCUGCACAGGGCUGCGUGGGAGGGCGACAUGUCCAAGCUGAAGGAGUUUGCCAAACCCAUCGACAUCAAUGAGGUCGACAAGCAGAACAGGACAGCACUUCACAUCGCUUCUGCCAACGGAAAGGUCGAGGUUGUGAAAUUCCUUCUGGAAAAUGGAGCCAGACUCAAUUUAGUCGACAGUCACAAUAAGUCUGCAUUAAUGAAGGCAGUGGAAGGGCAGCACGAGAACAUCGUGGAACUCCUGCUGGAAAACAAUGCCGAUCCCAACCUGAUGGAUGAGAAAGGCAACACGGCGUUACAUUUGGCAUCGAGCAUCCCAAACAUCUCUUUUGUUCUUAUGCUUGUGAAGCAUGACGCUGACAUCAACGCCAAAAAUCAGGAGGGACUUUCACCGCUGACUGUGGCAGCCCAAGAGGACAACUUAGAUGUAGCUGACUUUCUUUUGAAGAAAGGUGCUGAUGUUAAUAUUUUGGACAAAAGCAAAAGGUCACCUUUAAUGUUCGCCGCUGGCCAAGGGCACUCCAGCAUGGUGCAAUUGCUCCUGCAGUUCCAUGCAAAUUCUACACUGAAGGAUAUCAAAGGACAAUCGGCAGAGUACUAUGCUCAGACAAAGUACCAUGACCACUGUGUCUCCCUGAUUGCCAAGCACGGUACCCAACGGAGCCUGCCGGGAUCCCUGUCUCAUCCAAGUAGAAGGACAUCAAAAUCAGACACGUGUAAAGACGGUGGACAGAUAGAAGAUGUCAAGCAGAAAGAGAGUGAAAUGAGCGAUUUGUUGACGUUCCUGGACAAACUUGAAAAACGCACCGGAAAAUUUGAGUUGCAAGAGGACUUGGACUGGGAUAAAACCAGCAAUGCCAGUAAGAGAACACUGCCUGGAUGCUCUGUGGCUUCUCCUGCAUCUGAGGAAACACCAGUGUGCUCCAGUCCCUCUGUCGAGGAGAGAGAUGAUGUGUUUCCAAAAGUGACUCGAAAAAAACCCUCAGAAGUGAAAUCAAUCAACUUGCAUGUCCUUCCGGCGCCAUAUUCCCAACCUCGUUCAAAGAAGAUGCUUUCAGAAAGUGACAAAUCUGACGUUUCAACACUGUCAUGCUCUGAGGUCAAAGAUGACGCCCAGCUGGGAGUGGUUCCAGCAGUGUCCCCUAGAUACUCGCCAAUGACAAGGCUACCCAACAGACAGAAGUGGUCCCAGGUUGCCAUAGAGCCCAAGAGUGUUUCAAUGAAAAAUACCAGUGCUUCCAGUGACAUGAUUGGAAGGGCAUCAGAGGGACAUAAACAUGACAAACAUCAUGAGAAGUUCGGUUCAGCCAGCCGCAAAGAGAUGUCCAGUCUACCUGAUAUCUCUCAUUAUUCACAGAGAGUGGCCCCUGCUUCAAUGAGCAAGGCACUGAUGGAAUCACAACCCUCACAUCACCGGACGCCAAACAUGAGAAAUGAUGAGCCAGUUGGUGGCAAGUCCCGCGCAUCCAGAAGCCCUCAGCGGAACACCAGAUUGCUCCAUGCAAAUGAUGACAGCACUAUAAGUGAUUUGUCGGAUGAUGAAGCAAGCAACAAGUGGAAAACAAAACCAAAGAAGAAAAAGCAAACUGACGAAAUUUCUGAAGAGCUUGAUGAGAUCACAUCGUCGUCUUCGCUGACUGUAGAUGAUUGCGAUCUUCGCAUGACAACCACCAAAGGUGUGUCUCUUAUGCCUCCAAUUCUGGACACUUUACCUCAAGACCCUGCAAGCAAGAUGGUUCUAGGGGAGAUUAUGAGCCAACAAAGUAAGCACCCCUUCCUGAAGGCAAAAGACCCUCAUGUUCGCAUGGAUUCGCUGAACAAACUGAAAACUGAGAGGACAGAGUUAAAGAACCAGCUGGAAGAGGUCAGAGAUGAUAGAUGUGCCAUGGAGCAUAAAGAAAUGGAGUUGCAAAGCGAAGUCUCCAACCUCAAAUUUCGCCUAAAGCAACAAGAUGAAGAUACCACUUCUACCAUCAAGUUGUGCCAUGGCAACCAAGAGAAGCUUGAAGAGGAACUCCGGCAUACCCACUCUCAGUUGAAUCAGGAACGCUGCUCAGCUGCACAGCUGCAGCAAAGGCUCAAGAGUCAGUCCUGCAAGCAGCAAACCAUGGAAGAGGACUACAGGAGAAGCAGAAAUAAUGAGGAACAACUGAGAUCAGAGCUGGAGGUUAUACAGACGCACAGCAACAUCAAACAGAGAGAUCUUCUCAAUGAGAAUGAGGCCCUCAGGGAACAGCUGGAAGAUCUUCGCCAAGAUCUCAAACUGGCCCAAGAUAACCACACCCAAAAUGUCAUGGAUUGGAACAAUACAGUUCAGGCAUUACGAUGUGAGCUAGCGCUUGCACACACCCGCCUGGAGAAUGAGCUGAAGGAUCACGACAUAUUGGUGACCGAGACCCAGGCCAUCCGCGGCCGCCUGGCUGAGGCGGAGCGAGCUAAGACAGAUAUUGACAAAGCUAUGCUGCAAGAGAAGGAGGAACACCAACGAGAGAAAGACAAACAUGCAAAUGAAAUGGCCAAUCAACGGGAAGCAACCAGCAAGCAGGCCCAGAAGCUGGCCAAGUCUAAGGCGCUCGCAAACACCCUAGAGAACGAGGUGCAUCGGGUCGAGCUCCUGAUCAACGAGAGAAACCAGCAGAUGAACGCCAUGCAGCGUGAAAACGAUCAGAUCGCCGGACGCGUUAAAGAACUGGAAGCCGCUCUCCAGGCCGAGAAGGAGCUGGUCAGCUGGGCCGGAGCUCGUCAGGAGGCCACUCAAGAUCUCCUAGCCCAAGCUCAGAAUGAUGGCAUUGUGCUACGGCAAAAGCUGGAGGAGGCCCAAAACAAAAGUGUUGCAAAGGAGAACGCAGUUGCAGACGCCCAGAAGAAUUUCACUGAGACUUUAUCCAAGCUCCGUGCCGACUGUGACGAGAGAAUACAACUUGUGCAGGAUAGGAAUCAGGAUCUCGCCGCUAAGGCUGGUGAGCUCAGAGAACACAUCCACCAAUUAGAGGAGGAGAAAAAUGAAAGAGAGGCUUAUCAGCGGCACCAGCAGGCGGAGCUAUCUGAUUUGUUGAAGAAGCUGUCAAAGUGUGAAGCUUCUUUGGAGGUUCACAUGAGAUAUCGUUGUGAAUCCGAAGACGAGAAAGCUCGGAUCCUUAAAGAAAUGGACAGGCUUAAAAGAAAGCUGGAGGAAAAAGAAUUGCAAAUCUUGCAAUCUGAGAAACAUGUUAGCGAGCUGAGGAGUCGUCUGGAGGAAAGAGAGAAAGAACUCAGUGUUGCUCUUCAGAAACAGAAGGAGGCCAUGUCCGCUGCAACCACCUCCAACUGCACUGUCAGACAUUUGGAAGAGGCCGUGAGCAGACAACGACUCAUACUGAAGUCGGCGAAGAGGAGACUGCGGGAGCAGCAAGCAAGUGAAAUUGACAGAGAAAAGGCCAGUGAGCUCCAGGCAGAGCUGAAGAGGCAAAUGUCCUUCCGUAGCCUUAUGGAGAGGAACAAGAAGCACUUGGAGGAGGAAGUACAGAACCUGAGACGCAAAGUGGAAUCUUCUCAGAUGGAGCAGAGGCAGGUGGAGCAGUACCGCCGUGAGAUUGAGGAGAAGGCCCGACAGGAAGUACAAAAGAAACUACAGGAAGUCAACCUUUUCUUGCAGUCCCAGGCAGCAACGCAGGAGGCACAGGACCAGAUCAAAGCCACCUCUGAGCUCAGCUUGCGUGCCAGGAUCCAAGAACUGGAGGGUGAAAUGAAACGAGCUCGAAACAACCAACAUGAAACCAUUGCCCAGAGAGACGCCAUUCACAAAGAGUUAAAGCGCUACCGUCAGCUCUACAGAGAGGAACAGUGGCUCCGGAAAUCUCUCACUGCCGAUCUAAAAAGGAGUAACAGUCGGCUCGCAGAAGCCAAUGCUAAGUUGCUCAGCGAGCACUGCAAGUCUCUCGUCGCCUCCGGACCUCCAGGGGCCAUCGGUCCACUGGCUUCAACUUCCAGUCAACUAGGGGCCUCAUACAGGGGCCACAACUCCAGAAUCCUCAGCUCUGUGGCUGAAGGACACGGGGGUAAUGUGGAGGACUACCUGGCCAAGCGCUGAGCACAGAAAAGUGUCCUGGAAGUAAUAGAUUGAAGCAAAUGGACUCAAUCAAACCAGGGUGAGUAUUCUUAACUCCUAUUCUGCAGUGUAGUAUUUCACAUAGAUCAGCCGCUCAUGUGACCAGGGCAAAGUUCAUUUCCCUCCUCAGCCUCAGCGGAACUUGACAUCUCUUUGGCCUGCAUGUCUCCAGUGGCCUUUGCCUCCAGGGUGGAUCCCGUUAGCAGAGCAAAGCAGCAGUACUUGGAGGUCCUGAAGGACAACCAUGAGGUCAAAGAACCACAAGGGACAGUCCCGGCGUGCUGAGUUGAGACGUGACAACUUCAACAGCAUCUGCAUCAUAAAAAAAUAUAAAUAGGGAGCGUGGUCCAAGCCCAUAAUCGCUGUUGUGACUUUGGUACUACAUAGUCAUUCUAAUACCAACAUCAGGACCAAGGCCACUUUCUGUCAUGUUCCAUCAAGAAUUAAGAAGUUACUCUCCCUUUGACGGAGAAAAGCAAAUUCAAUGCACAUUGCACUCAAGCACCCAGGAAGUGAUGGCACUGAUUAGCCACAUUCUCACAGCCUAAUGAGAUCACCUUCCUUUAAAUGGGAAACUGCAUUCAAUGUGUUGCAGUGCAAAGCCACUGUUAAAUUAAUACAAUUCAAUCAUAACUGAGCAUUACUAUCAUGAAAGGGACACAUUCAGAUCUCAUUAGAUGGUAAAUCUACCUAAUGUGGCUAAUUGUAUUGUAGUGUAUGUGUGUACUUAAUAUACUGUAUGUCACAUCCUAAAGCAAAAGAUUUCAUUUUUAAAAACGAUAUACAGUACAAAUAUUUAUAUAUAUAAUCCUGGUUUGGGAUUUUUUUAUGUUAUUGGUGUGCUUGAAUUUGAUGUAUGUAUCAUUACUUGAUAUGUGCAGUCACAUGUGAAAUAUUUCGUCUUGGUUUUAUAAUUUAUUUUUUUAAAUACAUAGUUUUUGAUAAGUUACUUUGGCUGUCUGUUUGAUACCAGAUUUCUGUGUGUCCUAUUUUAGUUUUUUUUUAAUUUGUCGUUAUAGUUGUAGAUUAUGUUUGUGAAUAUGUAAAUAGAAAGUGUGUAAAUGCUGUAAAUCACUAGAAGGAUGUAAAUAAAUCAUUUCAUCAGCACCCUGAAAUGUGGUGAAGUGUCAGCAUUUUAAGACAGAUUAUGUGUAAACAAACUGUAAAUAAACUGGAAUACUGUAGAAUUUACACACAGUUGCAAAAAUAAUAAAAUAAUGAAACAUGGUAGAGAAAAUCACGGAUAAUAUCCUCUAAGAUGAAAUAAUUACCUAGGACGGACCGUUAAUUGUAAUUAUUUUACUAUCUUCUCAAUUGUGUUCUACUGACGUUCGAGGCCAACCC